AUGGAAAUAAGCAGAACAAUCGAGGAAAUCACCUUGAUAGAACAAGAAAUGAUAAAUUAUAUUGUUUAUUACAAAAAUACAGCACUUACCAAGCUAAACGAUCAACACUCGUCACUGGAGAAGUGUUUGGCAGGUCCAGUAUUUAACAUUAACAAAAAAAAAAAUAAAGUUGAAAAAAAGAAUGGAAGAACCCAAAAAUAUUCCUGCAAAUUAAGCUUAUGUAAGCUUACCAAUUAGCUGUUGCAUAUUUUGUUUGUGGGUUGUUGCCAGCAACCUAUACAUGAAUAGUUUCUGUGAUUGGCUGCUUAAAACAAUAAAAAUGUAAACAUGAAAUAAAUUUCUACAGGAUGAACUGCAAGCACUGGUUCAUGUGUUUAUCCAAUUGUGUUAAUUUAUAAUAAUACCUUGACGUUACCCCUAAUGUCAAUCAAACACUUGACAUGUUACCCUUGUUGUCUUAAAAACCCAAACAUUUGGCCCUUAUGAGAGGGAGUGGAAAUUUCAUAACAAUGUGCUGAUAAAAUUUUUAUAUCUUAUACAUUAUUUCUAGAACUAGACUUGUACCAAGACACUGGCUUGGAGUAUAAUGCAACCCUUGAUUCUUUGGAUGAUGUACGUUUUUAAGCACAUUUAAGGAAAGGGUCUGUUUGGUGACGCUCUAAUUAUUAAAUUCAUGAAAAAUUCUUUUCAAUUACAGAUAUUGUCAUACACAACAAACUUAAACAACAAGAAGUUUUUAAAGGUAAAUUGUCACUCACAAAAAUGGGCAUUAACUUCUGCUACCAGCAACUGUAUGCUGCACUGACGAUGUUUCGACAGGUGAAGGAAUGUGAUGAGGCACAUUUGGAAGAUCAUCUCAUUCAGUUGGCUGAAGAAUUGGGGGAAGAAAUAUCUGAAGAUGUGGCUGAUGAAUCUGAAGAUGAUGGUUGUUACGAUGAUAUUGAUGAUAACGAUUAUUGUAAUGACGAUCAAACAUAA